AUGAGCCAGGAAGGUCCCAUAGAGUCGAUUGCCGAGCCGGGCAUUCGCGCAACCGGCGAGGUCCUUCAUACCAUGAGGAAUGAAGUCGCACAGCUUCUGAACAGGCACCAGAGGUCAUUUCCCGGGGCGCAACCGGUCAGUUUUACCAGAAGUCAUCUGGAAGAAUUGAAGAAGGAGGAUUAUUUCGUUUGCGAAAAGUCAGACGGCAUUAGAUACCUCCUUUACUUGACGGAGGAUGAGUUUGGGAAGGAGGCACACUAUCUCAUUGACAGGAAAAAUGAGUAUUGGUUCAUCAACAGCAAAAGCCUUCACUUCCCGACACCUCAAAGUGUCCAGAGCUUUCACAUUCAGACCCUCAUCGAUGGUGAGCUGGUCAUGGACAUGGAGGAUGGCCGCGAGGUCCCCCGCCUCCUGCUAUUCGAUUGUCUGGUCAUCGAUGGGAAGAACAUAAUGGAGAGGCCACUCGACAAACGGCUUGCAUAUAUGAAAGAUCACAUCUACAUGCCCUAUAAGAGAUUGUUUCAGGAAUUUCCCGACGAACUCCAAUAUCAACCCUUCGAAGUUCUGAUGAAGGACAUGCAACUGAGCUACGGAGUCGAGAUGAUGUUCAAAGACGUGCUACCCAUACUCAAACACGGAAACGACGGUCUCAUAUUCACAUGCCGCACUUCAAGCUACCGCCACGGAACCGACCCUCACAUUCUCAAGUGGAAGCCGCCCGAGGAGAAUACAAUCGACUGCCGCCUGAAGCUUUACUUUCCGACUGUGGAGCCCGACGAGGACGAUAUUGCAAAUGGCAUUACCGACCCGUAUACUGAUUACCACACUUUGGAGCGAGCGGAGUUGUGGGCGUAUAUGGGGGAUGCCCAACCGCGAUACCAAAAGUAUGCGGACGCGUACAUAUCCGAGAAAGAGUUUGAAGAGCUCAUCAGCCUAGGCGAUCCGCUGAACGACCGAGUGGCGGAAUGCUAUCUGGAUGAGUUGGGUCGCUGGAGGGUCAGUCGGUUCCGUGACGAUAAGCCGGAAGCUAAUCAUAUUAGUACUUUACAAAGCGUCAUCCGGAGUAUCAAGGACGGCGUCACUGAGCAGGACCUACUUAAUGCUGCCAAGGGAGUGAAGGAUGCGUGGAAAGCCCGCAACUCGAAGCCCGGAAGAUAG